CUAGGGUUGGGAGACUUGGAAGGAAGAAGAAAUUUGAGCCUCUCGGCUUGCCGUCGUCAAACGGUCGGCCAUCUUGUGCGCGGUUGAGGCGGCUGCGCUUUGCCGGCUCCGGGCCUUCCUCGCUUCGGGGGCGUCGCUGGUGGUGGGAGUGGAAGUAGGCCGCGGUUGUGAGGGAAGCCAUGUCGGCGGAGAGCUCGGAGCCCACUUCGGCCGAAGAGCAGAAGGAAAUGGAAGACAAAGUGAUUAGUCCUGAGAAGGCUGAAGAAGCAAAGUUGAAAGCCAGAUACCCUCAUCUGGGACAAAAGCCCGGUGGCUCAGAUUUCUUGAGGAAGCGGCUCCAAAAAGGACAAAAGUAUUUUGACUCUGGGGAUUACAAUAUGGCAAAAGCAAAGAUGAAGAACAAGCAGCUCCCUACUGCCGCUCCUGAUAAGACUGAAGUGACAGGGGAUCACAUUCCUACCCCUCAGGACCUUCCGCAGCGGAAACCGUCUCUUGUUGCCAGUAAGCUGGCUGGCUGACUAAACUGACAGAACUGCAUGAAUCUUCUCAUUCCCUUACUCUUUCCUUAAUAGUUACUUCUCACCUUUUUUGUUUCCACUAAGUCAUUGACUGACCGCUUUGCAGGUAGUGGUAGCGUGUGCUGCUAUUGUAAGAGACUCCUGUUAAAAAUUUGUUUAUGUAGUCCUCAGAUGAGUCGAGAACGAUGCACUGAUAUAAAAAGGACACAAUUUGUUAGAAGCAACGUAAUCUACUUGAAAAAUGUACAUAUAUUGCAUAUCUGCUAGCAUAGGGCUGGUUCCAGCAAGUGACACAUAAAGUUUGGAAAUUGUUUCAUAUUUCUGCUUUCCUUAGUUCUUGCUUUCUUUAGUUUUCUUUGUUUAACAGAGUAUUCAGUUUGUACUGAAUAGAUCCUCCUGUUGUGUUUCUCCUUGUGUUUUGGUUUUGUAAACUAUAGGUUUUUAGACUGCAAGUUGCUAGAAGGUAAAGCAUGUAUUAAAGAAGAUGGGGCUCUGACUUAAUUUGUGUAUCUGCUCAUGAACUUGAAUGGCCUUAAACCUACUUCAGCUUUAACAAUAGAUUUUUUUACUUGGGCAAUAUUUGCUCAUUUUGGCAUACUUCUUGUAAACCUUGUGCUUAUUUACAACCGCCUGUUGAAGCUGGUAUCCCUUUUGGUCCCGUAGUGUAGAACCUGUUUUUGAAGUGGAUGAGGUGAGCAUGUGCGUAGGCUGAACUCACUUUUGUGCCAUUUUAUGUAAAUAAGAUCCUUUUGCACAAUUUUUGCAACUCUCUGUUGACUUACAUUUUAAAAAAGUGCCAACUGGAAGCACAAAUAAUUCCGUACCUUUGGAGAACACAAUAUUCAUUUGACGCAACCCCUCAAAGUAAAAGGCUUGUUUAGGUUCUCAGAAACACCUACAUUACUAUGCUAUAGGUUAAAAAUACAUACCAUGAAGCCCUUUUAUACUAUACAGUUAUACCACUAUAUUCCACUUUCACUGCCUUGUCCUCAUCCUGUGGGAUCCUGGAAUUUCAGUUUCAGUAACCCUUCAGAGAGGGUUACUCUGCUGGAGAACUAUAGUUCCUAACAAACUACAAAUCCUAAAAAUCCAUGGGAUAUGGCCAAACCAUGAAGGUGGAAUACAGCGUGAAAAUUGUGUUGUAUGAAAAGUCCCGCAGAACACUUAAGCUAGUGUAUUUCAGGUAGCUCCAUGUCAGGAACUACAUUUAAUAUCAAGUGUAUCACAAAGCAGCUUGUAGGCCACACUCUACCUUGUUCCAAUGUGACUUACUAUAUUUGCUUUCUGGCAUAUUUUGGCAUUUAUAACUUGUAAAAACAUGUAUGGAUUUCAGGAUAUUUGCAAUAGGAAAAUGUGAGUGAACCUUGCUGUUAUUCUCCACAUAAAACAUUACUUCAUUGGUCAAACAAAUCUAGACAAGCUCUCUGAAAUGUGAAGUGAAGGUAAUAGUGGUUACAUGUCUGUAGAUAUAAUUAUUCAUGGUAAUCAUACUAAUUCUGUCAUUGGAAAAUAGAAGUGUGAUUUGUCACUUUAUGUUACAAACGUUUCAGGAGGGACUAUGUUGGAUUCAAAUGGAUAUUUCACACAGAUGCAAAGCCUAGUCAAUACAUUUUGUGUUGCAGAGGAAUUUCUUAUUGUUGCUUCCCGUACAUCUUUAUUCUUAGUGAAUAAUGCUGUCAACUCAUUUGAUUUUUAAGAAUAGGAGCACUAAGGGCAGUGUUUAUUUGUUACAUUAAAUGGUUGGUAUGUUUGACUUUUCCAGGAUAACUGUUAGAUGCAAUCUGUUCUCUUUAAGUUCCCUUUAACAAACCUGUUUGAUAUAUGUUAGGAACUCCAACCAGUAAUACAAAUCUAAAUAUCUGGAUUUCAAAGACACUGAGCUCUCUCUCCCAUUGACUUAUCCCUCUCUUGACUUUAAAAUAAGUGUAACUUGAUCAUAUACCAAAAGUGGUUAUAUUUUAAUGUGUGGGUAAUAGGUUUAGCUAUACUGGGCAUAGGGCUGUUUGUGCAAGAUAAUGCUGUUACCUAGUCUGUUGUAGAGGAACAUGCUUCUGUAGCAUAUCAGUUCUUUUUUUCUGGGUAGAAUUGUAGGAAGGCCAAUUCUAAUGGUAGUUAAUGUAGAUUUACAUUCCCUCUCACAUAUUGAAUUCAUAAAAUAUUCACGGAAUCAGACUUUAUAGCAAAAUGAACUUAAGAGAACAGGUUUGUUUAAAACAAGAACAAGGUGACACAUUAUUCACAACUAUCAUAGAAAACAUUCACAAUUUAUUUUUAUAUGACUGAGAGCAAAAGCCAGGCCUUUUGAGAACCAACUGUCACUUAAGAAUAAUAGUUUCUAACAGAGAAGUGGCUUGGCAUAUUUUCUGAUUGCUGUUACACCAGAUCCUAGUGCGAUGAACUGGAUUGAUAUGUAGGGAGGGAUAAAUAGCCAUGUAAAUCUGGACAUUCCAUUGCCCCAGUUAUAGGUUGCUCUUUUGUAUGAUUACUGUGACUGUGCAAAUUGUUGAUGUCCACCAAUGAACUGAACUGUUAAGACUGUAAAGAAAACACACUGGUGAUCCAUGAGAACAUACCAGAGAACCAACCCGUUAAUCUUGGUGAACCAGUGACUCUGGAUAACCCUCAAGAACUGAAGAUAGUUUGGUCAUCUGUGCUGUUUAAGGACACAAAGAGCUAGAUCAACAACCAUUGUAGAAGAUCAAAUGGAUGGAUAACUUCCAACCUUCAGCUUAUUCCAACUAGAAAAAAUGCUGUAAAGCUUGUGUACAUAUUGUAUAAUAUGAGUUUUACCAUUUGAUAAAUGACCUUUUUCAGAGAUCUAUCUGCACUAUAGUUUAGCAAUCUAUUCUCUAUAUGCAGUGAUUAGUAGUGCUUAAUGAUGUCUAUAACGAACAUCGUAUGUUGUAGCCGUCAAACUCUGUCCAAUAGUAACUAGUGAAGUAAUGAACGAAUUCAGAAGUGUUCUUCCCCUCGUUCCCAUCCCAUUUAUUUAUUGUUCAUUGCCAUAGGAGGGUGUAUGCAGAGGUCAAAAAAUAACUGUUUGGUUUGAUACGUUCCUUAAUGCAUUUCUGAUGCUGAAACAAUGAAAAUCUCAGUUGCUCCAUACCACCACCUGCCCUGUAUAGUAUGCAUAAUAAAUUACACUAAUUAGUUUUCA